CAAACAGUUUCAGUUACAAGAAAAAGAUACGGCACAAGACGAAGAUGAGACUGAUAUUGAUGCCCCUGAGUUGAUGAAAAGUGGUGCGGCACAUUAGGGUACAUAUAGGGAGCAACCAAGAUGGAUGAAGAAGAGGUUCAUAUCGCUGUCGGUAAGAAUUUCAGAAAGGAGAAGGCUAACAUCCUAUGGGCUGCUGCAAAUUUCCCAACGGCCACCAUAGUUCUUGUCAAUGUUCACUGGCCAUCAAAGUGGAUGCCCUUCAUGGGUAGCAAGGUACCAUACAAGUAUGCAAAUGAAAAGGAGAAGGAGAUGCAUAGAAGCAGAGAAACAGAAACAAUGGUCAGGAUGUUAUCACGAUACAAAAACCUAUGUGAUUCAAGAGAGGUUAGGGCACAUUACCUUACACACGAUGACAUUCUUGCUGGUCUUGUGAACCUAGUAAAGAAGCUCAAAAUUAAAAGAAUUGUCAUUGGUUCGAGGAAUAUGUCAAGGCAAGUGGUGCUUCGCAAAUGCUGUCAAAUUUGGGUGGUGCUCAAUGGAAAAUACAUGUCCACUAGCAAUGAUCAUCUGAAGCAUACUGGAAGCACUGGAUGUGCGGGGAGCUCUGAAUUGUUGGCAUGUACACAUGAGCUGAGCAACAGAUCUGAUGGCUACACAACACCAGCAAGUGAUUUUUAUGUCUCAUUUCAGGCAGAUGAAAUCAUAGGUGAGGAUGGGGUGAUUCAAAUGGAUGGUACUGAUCAAUUAGCAAUGGAAGCUGAACAAGAAAAAGAGGAAUCAAAUGCUUAUGUGGAAGUAGAAAUUUUUCCCGAAGAGAGUGCCGAUCAAUCUGAUGAGAUGCACAGUUGCAGAAAUGUUACUCAACAAGCUGCAAAAUUGAUGGAAGAAAUGGAGAAACUCCAAAGCAAAUUGAAAGACCUGCAAGAUGAGGGCCAUACUUAUGAAGAGAGCAUCUUGUCACCUAGAAAAAGGAAUGUUUUGCUGAAGGAGAUGACCUUAUCAAAAAACAGAUGCCCAGAGCUGCAAAUUAGAGAACACAUUGUGCAGUUCUCCGAGUUGCAAAUUGGGAGAGCGACCAAUAACUUCUCAUCGCAAAAUUUGAUAGGUGAAGGAGGCUAUGGCCCAGUGUACAAAGGAAAACUAGGUGGCGUGCCAGUGGCUAUCAAGUUGUUGAGAGCCCGUGGAAGUCAAGGUUUCCCAGAGUUUCAACAGGAGGUUGUAGUGCUGAGCAGAAUCGAGCACCCACACAUUGUGAGGCUAAUCGGUGUAUGCCAGGAGUCAUGCGCCCUCGUUUACGAGCACCUCGCCAACGGCACGCUCAAGGAUGGGCUCUCCAAUGGGCUCCCAUGGAGAGACCGCAUCAGGAUCCUCGCCGAGCAGCGUUCCGCGCUGGCACACCUGCACUCCAGCCGCCCCCACGCCAUUAUCCAUGCGGACAUGAAGCUGGCGAACAUCCUCCUUGACGCCAGGAAUGUCAGCCGGCUAGGGGACUUCGGGACGGCGCGCGUGGUGCACAUGAAGCCGCUGGAUGAGGACACAGUCUGCCGGCGGACGAACCCGAUGGGCACGAUAGGGUACAUGGACCCGGUCUUCUUCAUGACGGGCGAGCUCACCACGGAGUCGGACGUGUACGCGUUCGGCGUGGUGAUCCUGCAGGUGCUCACGGGGCUGCUCGACCUCAACAUCGCCGAGCAGGUGCGGGAGGCGAUGAAGAUGGAUGCCGUGCACAGCCUGCUGGAUGCGUCCGCUGGGAGCUGGCCGGAGCUGCAGGUGGAGCGGCUCCUGCGGCUAGCACUGAGGUGCUGCCACAUGGAGCGGAAGCGGCGGCCGACCAUCACGUCCGACGCCGACUGGAGAUCGCUAGAAAUCCUGCGGACCAUGUCAACUGGGAGUAAAUCCCGGAGAUGGAGUCUGGGUAGCUGAGGAAUCAUGCCAGCAAAGGAUGCACCAGCAACUUGUUCGGCAGAACGCCAAAAGAUAGAAGUAUUUCUAGUGCUGUAGUAUGUAGUGGCAUUUCU